AUGGCCCUUGUAUCUAAACAGUCAAAAUUAUUUGAAAUGACUUGCAGAGGUAUUGAGGCUAAGCAGCCCAACUCUGCUAUUCGUAAAUGUGCUAGGGUUCAAUUGAUCAAAAACGGGAAGAAGAUCGCUGCAUCCGUUCCUAACGAUGGUUGUUUGAACUACAUUGAAGAAAAUGAUGAGGUGUUGAUUGCUGGAUUUGGUCGAAAGGGUCAUGCCGUAGGAGAUAUUCCUGGUGUCAGAUUCAAAGUUGUGAAGGUUUCUGGUGUAUCUCUCUUGUCUCUCUUCAAGGAGAAAAAGGAGAAACCAAGAUCUUAAUUUGCCAUUUUUGCCAAAAUACUGUUUCCAUGGACUUCUAGUUUUCAGAGGAAGUAGAAGAACUUGAUGAAAAAGAAGAAUUGUUCUCAAAGUUGUUAACUUUUUAUUCUUCUUGGAUUUUUGGUGAAUCUGUGAUUAGUGUGGAAGUUGUAGAAACACCAUUGAUGAGAGUUGUGGAGCUUCACG